GUUGAUCUCUUGUAAUCCUCGCCCAUCACCUCGACCACUCCGAUUACUUCGAGCUAGCGAAUCACAGCUUCAUAGCUACCGAUAACAGGAACUACAGCACUCGCGACCACCAGAUCCGACAGCAAAUCGAAGCCGAAACAGCAGUCGCCACCCACACAGCUCUCGUUCUCUCCGUUUCCACACAAAACAAAUCGCCUUCGCCGCUGUCGCAAGAAACAACAACUUCAUCUGAUCAACAAGAACCGUCCACCGGUUCCUUUCCCCCCUCCCUCUCUCCAGUCGGCACUGCCUAUACACCUUUAAACACGCCUUGAUCCGCUGUGGUCAUCGCGAGGUGUCGCAGAGCCAGACCAUUCAAUCCCGGCACAUGAGCAGCCACCUGUGGAAGUACUACCUUCAAGAUGAUGUCGACCGAUUUCGACAUUUACUCGAGACGGCCUCGUACAAUGUCCGUCCACACCAACACAGGGCACAAUCCAUGCAGUCUCCCGCUGCCGUAAGCUCGAGUCCGGGUACCCUGAGUACCUCGCCUACACUUACGGCAAAGGCUCGAAAGCCUUCACACUUCUCGCCACAUGCAGGAAAUGUCCCACCGCUUACUCGAGCCGACAUCAACUGGCGCGAUGCCAACGGAAUGACCUUACUUCACCAUGCCGCCUCUUCGACCUCCGAGAACGCUCUGGAAUUUGCACAGGCUCUUGUCGAGCAUCCCCUGAUCGAUCUGUAUCUGCAAGACACCGAGAACUCAUGGACCGCCCUACAUCGCGCGUUCUACUUCGGCAACAUCACCAUCGCUCGCGCCAUUAUCGAGCGCGAUACAUCAGAUGCUCUUGGAAGAGGAAUAGGAGGAGGCUUGGUCAAAAUCAAGGAUCGUGAGGGACUUGGUCCGUUGGAUUUAUACUCUGCGACAAUCAAGGAUAGAACUUUGCGACCGGAGGGCCAAGGACGUCCUAGGGCUGGAUCUGAUGCCAGUGAAGAGGAGGCUGACAUAUCUGAUGAACAAGAGGCUAGGACACGAGUUAUCGAGUUCGCGACAAACAUUUCUGGUGAUGAGGUCUACACUUUUGGAAGCAACAAGAACAUUACCCUUGGAUUCGGAGAUGAGGAUGACCGACAAUACCCAGAGCGCAUUACUUUGAAACGUCCGGAUCAUUUGCUACAACGCUUCUACCGCGAAUAUGUCAGAGACUAUGAGAAGACUUGGGCAACAUUCGAUCCUGUCAUCACGCAAACUGGCCACUCAGCUCUUCCACGCUCCUUGCCUGUCGAAUCGAUGCCUUGGGUGGUCAAGAAUAGACCUCUGAUUAUCCAAGACGUCUUCAUGGCCAAACUGUCAACAGCAGUCUUGACUACCGAUCCAGAGUCAAACCUUUACAUGUGUGGUCACGGACCUGGUGGCCGACUUGGUACUGGAGACGAACAAUCCCGCUUCAGAUUCGUCUGCAUUGAGAAUGGCGCUCUUUCUCGCAAAGGGAUUGCGACCGUAGCGCUCGGUCAGAAUCAUACUUUGGCUGUCGAUGCUCGUGGAGAGGUCUUUUCCUGGGGUAGUAACUUGUAUGGCCAACUCGGAUAUUCCCUUCCGAAAACUGGCAUCACAGAUGAGGACCCCGUCAGUUGCGUACCAGCGCAGAUCUUUGGACCCCUGAAGCGAGAGAUUGUCAUUGGUGUCGCAGCUUCACGCAUCCACUCGGUCGCAUACACUUCUACAUCUUUGUACACUUUCGGCAAGAACGAAGGCCAGCUUGGCAUUGUCGAUUCGGAUGCACGAUCGCUCGAGUACCAAAUCACCCCUCGCAAGGUUGCAGCUUCUCGAUUUGCUGCUCCCAUUGUCUCGGCUGUAGCCAUCGACCGAGCUACCAUCUGUCUGCUGGAGAAUCAUGACGUCUGGGUCUUCGCCAACUACGGAUACGCUAAGAUCCAGUUCCCUCUCGAUGGCUCAAGCAGUUUUCUGAAGGAUAGCUUCCGAGUUACCAGAUACGAUGACACUGUCAAUCACAUCAGCAAGAUCACGGCUGGUGGAGACACGAUUUGUGCCAUGUCAAGCAGCGGAGAGGUCUACACCUUAUCAGUCAGCCAAAGACAAGAUCAGGCCAACGCAUCCACUACCAAUCCGACCAAGAUUCGAGGUGCCCUUUCUGCGCCGCAAGAGAUUUGGUCCUUGAAGAAAAACAACAUGGCCGCUCGCGAUGUUGGUGUAGAUGCUGACGGAUCAAUCAUCUUGACCACCGAAGAAGGCAGUGUCUGGAAGCGAUCAAGAAGAACCAAGAUUAAGGACGGAAAGUCCAUGGAUGCUGUUCAGUACAAGCCAAAGGAUUACAAGUUCUCUCGUAUCGCUGGACUGUCUCGUGUCACGGCAGUACGAUCUUCAGCGUACGGCGCAUAUGCUGCUGUUCGCAGAGACUGCGAUGUCACCAAAACACAGACUUUAGUUGAAGAAAAGACCAUUUGGAAAGAUCUGUUUCCUCUUCUUUGCUUCCACGAUCUUCCUGUCCAUGAAGACGAAUCUGACAGCGAGAGCGAGGAGCCACAACCACGCUUCUGGCAAGGUCGCAAGAAGCCAGAUGAAGUGCAACUCCUCCGCAAACAACUGCUUGAAUCGAAGGACAUUGAAAAGGACCUUGAGGAACAUUUGCGGCAAACGUCAAAUGAGGACUUUGCCGAGUUCGACGCCAUCAUUGGGACCAACGUGUCUGAGUUGCGCUUCCCCGCUCAUCAAUUCAUCCUUGCAGGACGAAGCAGAAUUUUGAGAAACGGCUUCCAGUCACUCAAAGACGAUAGCGUCUUCAGCGUGCCUGAGUUGAUGACCUGCGAGCACGACUCUGUCGGCCGACCUGUUAUAAUCUUCCAGGGACUCGACAUAUUGACUCUUGUCGACUUCUUGCUUUACUGCUACACUGAUACUAUUGUCGACUUCUGGCAUCACACUAGACACUCACCCAAGAUGGCCUUCAGAUACAGACAAGUCCGCACUGAAUUGAUGAAGAUCGCUGCGAAGCUUGAGCUUCUCAAAUUGGAGCCUGCAGUCAGACAGAUGAUUGAGCCAGAGCAGUGUCUGCACAUGGAUCUGGACAUUGCUGCUAGAGACCAAGGCUACUUUGCCAAUGGAGAUAUCAGAGUUCAGCUUGUUGACGAUGAAGUCCUUGUUCAUGGAUCUAUGGUCUGCCAGAGAUGUCCUUUCUUCGAAGGCAUGUUCAUGGGGCGCGCUGGUGGUCGAUGGCUUGAAGAAAGACGUGGAAUGCUACAGAACGCCUCUGAUGCUGUGGACGUCGACCUUCAGCAUAUCGAGUCAAAUAUUUUCCGUAUGGUCAUUCGCCAUAUUUAUACAGACGCUGGUGAGGAGCUCUUCGACGACAUUGUUAGUGCGGACCUAGAUGAGUUCCUUGAUGUUGUCAUGGAAGUCAUGGCUGUUGCGAACGAGCUCAUGCUUGAUCGCCUCUCACAAGUCUGUCAAAGGGUCGUUGGUCAGCACGUCACAACUCGCAAUGUAUGCGGUCUACUCAAUGCUAUCGCACCCAGCUCAGUGACCGAGUUCAAGGACGCAGGUCUUGAGUACCUGUGUCUGAGUUUGGAAGGCAUGCUUCAGGGAGGACUUCUCGAUGAGCUCGACGAAGAUUUGCUGCUAGAGCUGGACGACAUCGUUCGCGAUAAUCAGCUCGCUCUUAUGCCAUUCGCAAAGAGUGGCCGCGCUGAAGCCAUGCUUCAUGAACGUCAUCCUGAGCUCGCAGCUCUGAUUGACCGCGACCGUCAGAUCAAGCUUGACUCUAUCAUGCUACACACCAAGCAUCAAGACAUUGAUGGCUGGGGUCCUAACUCCUUCCGAGGAGGCAGCAUUGAGGACAGUGGACAUGCAAAACAAAAGGCACGGAGGAAGUCCAAGGAUGCACAAUCAGCCGCGAUUGAAUCUGCUCCCAAGGGUAAAGCCGUGUCAUCUCUGGGUACGAGUAUCGAAGAAGGAUCUGCAUUGGACUUUGGUGGAACGAAGGUCAGAGCAGAAUCAGACUUGGAGACAGCUCUGCGCAGAGAUACUGCGGUCGGCACCCCUACUGAUUCGUUGCUGGACCCUAAAGGUAAGGCGGCCACGCCUCAUGCUGGCACUCCCAAGCAAGGUGGCUUUGGCUCGACUAUGACGCCCGCAACACCUGCGAGUGCAUCCAGUGUACCUUGGGCAGCUACACCUUCGCCUGGCGCCAAGCUGGAGAUGAAGGAUAUCAUGGCACAGGCGUCUUCAAGCCGUGUCUCCAACCUUUCCCUAGGCAUUGCAGCAAGUCGAGAGAAGGCUUCAGAGGAUGCUUCAGCUGCAAGAGCUGCUGCGAAGAUGUCACAGAAGGAGCGCAAGAAAAUGCAACAGGCACAACAGUCCGCUGUCGUGGAGAUUGAAGAAAAGAUUGCCGCAAAGGUCGCCUCGCCAUGGCAAGUGGUAUCUGGACAGAAGAUCCCAUCUCUGAAAGACGUCAUUGGCGACAAGCCUGCGUCUCCCGGUCCAUCAGGCAGACCGCCGCCCACUCCUCGUACCAGCACCACGCCACAAUUGACCAUGCGUCAGACAAUUGCCAAUCCGAAGCCAUCAUCCAAGCCUGCUGCCGCUAUUGCCGCUUCACCCAAGAACAUCGGUCCUGGCUCACCUAUCGUCUUAAAUCAGCCAUCUCCAAGACUCGGUCCUCAACGCGCUCCCUCAAACCAGGUCAGCGGAAAGUCCCCGGCCCCUGCAUCCCCUAGAAUACAAGCACAAGCUUCGCCUUUCGCACCAGCCAGACCAUCACCCACAUCCCGCCAGAGCCAACCUCAGCCUCAACGCAAGGCUUCUGCACAGCAAACAGCCGCCUCCACGUUGGCGCCUCCACCACCUCCAGAUCUCUCAUCUCAGUCUUUCCCUUCCAUCCAGUCAAUCGUCCAUUCUCCGCGAGCAGCAGAACCCGCACUCCAAUUGUCUCUGCAAGAAAUCCUCGAACAGCAACAAUACGAAAAGGACAUUAUCAAAGAAGCUGCUGCGGCAAGAAGUCUUCAAGAGAUCCAAGCCGAGCAGGAGUUCCAAGAGUGGUGGGACAAGGAAGCCGCUAGGAUGAAGGAAGAUGAAGAAUUCGCUAGACUUAUCGCAGAGGGCAAGACGCCUGAGCAAGCUGGUAGGAAGAAGGGCGGAAAGGGAGGAGGCAAGCAAGCUGGACCCGAGAAGAAAAAGGGAGAACAAGCCGCACAGGACAAGAAGAAGACAGAACCUGCUGCAUCAAGCCAGCCACCUACUCAAGGCCAGUCUUCCAAGCCACGAGGUGGAAGAGGAAAAGGCAGAGGUGGCGCUGCUGCUCCUGCGGGAGCAAGUAGAGCUGGAUAAAUCCCUUACUGCAUCAUGACUACAUAUCUCUUUCGAAGCACAAUAUUGCUUCACAUACAUUGCAUUGUAUAUAUACCACUUCAUUAUAAAAUUCAUGUUCUUUCAAACCAAACGCUUGCCGAUCUUGACGUGUUCAUUCUUUGUUAGUGGAUUUCCUUUACUCGCAAGGUUGAGCUGAAAUCCAUCUUCUUGAAGCAAGCAUUGCUUGAUCCAAUGAAUGCCCAUCUCAGCCAGUACAAAAGAAGAUGACGAGAAAGGAGGUUUCUCCCGAGGAAAUGAAGUGGUGGUGGAGGUCGGCACUAUGACGUAAUCAGAUGUAGCAUAAGCAUAGAUGCG